AUGAGCGAUCAUAUACCAAUCGAAAAGCAGCAGCAGCAGCCAAAACUUCCAGCUCUAACCAAAGACGAGCAGCCAGGCAGCCAGUCUUUGGAAAUGAAUCCUCGCGAUGAAAACAACAACGACAAUGGUGUCGAGGAGGACGCCAAUUCUACUGCGGGCGAGCCUCCCCAGAGCCCAAUGCGCAUUAUAGAUGACAAUCUUCUCCUCGAAAGAAACCACGAUGAGCUACGAGUCCUUGCCGAUCACUACAGUAGCAAUUACGAAGAUUACGAAGGAGUCAUUCAUGAAAAGGGCUUUACAUUGGAUAAAAAUGGCAUUCCUACAGUCACCCAAGAAGGCCUCGACAUUAUUCAAAUUCUCGAAGAUGGCUCAUGCGGCGAUCCAAUAUGCGAGCUCAAACAUCAAUGGAUUCAAGGCGUUUCUUUUAGCUGUGACAAAAAUGUGCACUCUCCUGAUUAUCCACAAGAACUGUACAUUUUCUACGCUACUCAAUGCACUGAUAACAAGCGAGUUCCAAAAGAGCUCCAAAAAUAA